AUGGCAACUCAACGUCAUAGCCCCAAUACAAACAAUGGUACUAAUAUUGUGGGCGUUCACUAUAAAAUCGGUAGAAAGUUAGGAGAAGGCAGUUUUGGAAUCAUUUAUCAAGGAACUAAUCUAUUGAAUAAUCAGCAAGUUGCCAUCAAGUUUGAACCACGUAAAUCGGAUGCACCUCAAUUGAGAGACGAAUAUAGAACCUAUAAAAUAUUAUCUGGAACAGUGGGGAUUCCGUCUGCUCAUUAUUUUGGACAAGAAGGACUUCACAAUAUUCUCGUGAUCGAUUUACUUGGACCAAGUCUAGAAGAUUUAUUUGACAGUUGCUCAAGAAAGUUUAGUAUCAAGACAGUAGCCAUGUUGGCAAGACAAAUGAUUACACGGGUUCAAAGUGUCCAUGAGCACAACUUGAUUUAUCGAGAUAUAAAACCUGAUAAUUUCUUGGUUGGAAGACCAGGAACGGCAGAUACAAAUAUGGUCUACUUGAUCGAUUUUGGUAUGGCAAAACAAUACCGUGAUCCAAAGACGAAGCAGCAUAUUCCUUAUCGAGAAAGAAAGAGUCUCUCGGGCACAGCAAGAUAUAUGAGCAUCAAUACACAUUUAGGCAGGGAGCAGUCCAGAAGGGAUGAUUUGGAAUCACUAGGACAUGUCUUUAUGUAUUUCUUGAGGGGAUCUUUACCUUGGCAAGGGCUUAAAGCGGCGACAAAUAAACAAAAGUAUGAAAAGAUUGGCGAAAAGAAACAGUCGACAGAUGUUUUAGAAUUAUGUGCAGGAUUCCCAGAGGAGUUCAGUAUAUACCUUCAAUAUGCUCGUAAACUAGGAUUUGAAGAAACACCAGAUUAUGAUUUCUUGAGAGAUCUGUUUACAAAAGUACUUGUCAAUCUUAAUGAAACAGAUGAUGAAAUCUAUGAUUGGAUGAAAGGACAACCAAAGCAACCAGAAGUAUAUGAAAGACAAAGGGUGCCUAUGGUUAAGGAUAUUGAUCAACAACAGCAGCAACAACAACAAACAUCACGGAAAAUUGAAGAUAGACAAGGGAAUCUACAUCAAUUUGUCUCCUGCAUAUCAUGCGGUUUAUUUUCUUGCUUUUAAUUCUCUCUCUUCUUUUUUUCCCUUUUUUUUUCUUUACACUUGAAUGCAUUAUUAAAUAUAAAAACAAUGGUGAAGGCAAGAAAACUAAUUGUUCAUAUCUUAAGCACUUUAUGGAUCUUUGCAUUUAUUUAUAAUGAAUACUUUAUAUUCAUAAAACAUGCUUACCGUUUAUCAAUACAACUGAAUGUACGUUAUCGUUUUUUUUUUUCUGUGGAUAAUGUCUUUAAACAAUAUAGAUAGAAAACCGAUAAACAUAUCCUUUUGAUAGCAGAUCCACAGAUGACAGAUAAUUUAUCUUAUGACCGACCAUGGAUUCUGCUACAGAUAACCAAGUUCUAUAGUGA